AUGAAGAUAAAUCAGAUUGUGCAAUACAUCCUGUUCGCCCUGGUUGCCCAUGUGGUGAAGCGAGUCAAGUCAAACAUUAUAGUUAACUGCUUCGGUACGCUGCACUGCAAAAUAUGCCACAUAGCCAUACGGAAUUGCUUCUUAUCAGGGACCAGCAAUUUAACAAAGUGUAUCCAAUGUGAGGAGAAGUACUACAACAUUCAGCCUUGCACUCACCAUACAGAAAAUUUCCUUCAGGCCUCCAGGGAUAAGGGAGCCUUCGUGGAGAUGAAGGACCAUGACUACCUAACGGAGGAUAAAGUAGACGAUCUCAUUUCUGAGAUUGUAAAGUUAACACUGGAGAGACAGAAAAGUGCACAAGCGGAAACAGAAUAUACGAAUGAAGAAUUCCAGAAGAAAAUCAUGCAGCUAUGUUUGUACUCUAAUUUUAGUGAUAACUACGAAAAUGCAAAGAAGCACACCCAGGCAAAUGCUGAAGAGGUGCAAAAACACAUCAACAGAAUUGUUCUCAUGUACAUGAAGGAAAGUAACAACAUGGAACAUAUUAUUAAUUCGCUAAAGAACCCAGCCUUGUGUCUGAAAGACCCAGCAGAGUGGACGAAGGACCGGGCUGGCUACAAAGACAACGAUGUGCCUUCAGUGGGCAUCAUACCAGAGAGGAAGCUUUUCAGGCCGUAUGAGGUGAAGUCGCUCAUGAGCUCCCUUUACAGUUACAAGUCUAACUGCAACCGGACGUUCUGCGAUAGGUUCUCGGACCCCAAUGAGUGUGAGAGUAGCAUCCGGGUCCUCAACCAGGGCACAUGCGGAAACUGCUGGGCCUUCGCGUCCUCUCAAGUGAUCUCCGCCUUCAGGUGCAGGAAGGGUCUGGGAUUCGCGGAGCCCUCCAUCAAGUACGUCACGCUCUGCAAAAACAAGCAAGCAGAUAAUUACGAAGAAAAUCCCUUCACCCAUUACAAUGAUAAUAUUUGCAGAGAAGGGGGACAUCUCUCAUACUACUUAGACACCCUAGACAAGACAGGCAUGUUGCCUACCUCCUACGAUGUACCAUACAACGAACCAAUAAAAGGAGCAGACUGUCCACAGGCCAGUGACAAAUGGGCUAACAUGUGGGAAAAGGUAAACCCAUUAACUAGAAUUUUGAACGGGUACCUUUACCGUGGGUACUUUAAAAUUUCCUUUCAUGAAUAUGCAAGGAACGGAAAGACUCAAGAACUUAUUAGCUUAAUUAAGGAUUACAUAAUGGACCAGGGAUCCUUGUUCGUGUCCAUGGAGGUAAAUGAAAAAUUAAGUUUCGAUCAUGAUGGAGAAAAGGUAAUGAUGAAUUGUGAAUAUAAAGCAGCCCCUGAUCAUGCCCUGACAUUAAUAGGGUAUGGUGAUUACUUAAAACCUUCUGGGGAAAAAAGUUCCUAUUGGUUAAUUAGAAACAGCUGGGGAUCCCAUUGGGGUGACAAAGGAAAUUUUAAAGUCGAUAUGUAUGGUCCUGCUGACUGUAACGGUGCAGUAUUAUGCAAUGCUUUCCCUCUAGUACUUCAAAUGAAUGGGAAGAAAAUUAACAAACCGCUUCCAAAUGAUUUAGCAUCUACCGAUAACAAAGUCAGAUAUGACCACUCCAGCUUCACUAGGGAUCAAAACAGGAGACAGUCCAGGAGAUACAAUUCGAAUAAAGCACAGGACCUACCCAGUGAUCGGGCAGAUUACUACCCAUUUGAUAAACCAAAAAAUAAUAAUGAUAUAUUUGAUGGCGAGGACAGGGAGGAUUGGCCAGCGUUUGAUCGAUUCAAGGGCGACUAUGUCUACCCCUACAUGGAUAAUGGAAAAUACGCGGAAGGAGGAAAACCAGGCAUGAGUGAUAACCGCAGCAGCAAAAUACGACGCACCGUUUUCAGGACCUCCCUGGUCGUAAAUAUUGGGGAUACCCAGUUCAAGCGGGACAUUUACAUGAAAAGAAAAGACGAGUACAAGGAACAGCACUCCUGCCUGAGGACCUACUCCCUGGAUUCCCUAGCGGACGUCUCCUGCAGGAGCAACUGCAAUCAGCAUAUUGAUCGGUGCAAGCAUUAUUCGUCCAUUGGGAGCUGCCUCAUGCGCGUGGCUCCGAACUAUAAGUGCGUUUACUGUGGCAUGUAA